CAGCGAAUUUGGGGCGGCGAAGGGAGGGGCCAGAGCCAAGCGCCGCGGGGAGCAGGAGCCAGCGGGGCGGGGCAAAGCGGGGAAGGGGGCAGCCUCCAGAGCUCCAGAGGGGAGGCGGGGAAAGGACCCGCGGGGCAGUGAGGUGGGAGUGAGCCUCGUGGAUAAAGGGGGCGGCCCAGAGCGCGGCCCAGGAUUCCGCCCGCAGCGGGAGAGGCUGCAUUCUCCUCAUCCGCUCUGUAGCUGUCUUCGCCAGUCCCUCGGCCGCUGCCACCGCCGCCUCCGCCUCUCGGGUUCCACUCUUCUAUCCUCGCCCGCCGCCCUUAUCACCCGGGAGACGGACCUCGAGCGCCUGCGGAAUCGGAGCCGGCUUCAUGGCAGCCGGGAAGGCGAACUUGGGGCCGUUGGUGGGGGCCGUUGAUCAGGGCACCAGCUCCACGCGUUUUCUGGUUUUCAAUUCAAAAACAGCUGAACUACUUAGUCAUCAUCAAGUGGAACUAGAGCAGAAGUUCCCUAAAGAAGGAUGGGUGGAACAAGAUCCCAAGGAGAUUUUGCAGUCUGUCUAUGAAUGUAUAGAAAGGACUUGUGAUAAACUUACUGAGCUGAAUAUUGACAUUUCUUCUAUCAAAGCCAUUGGUGUGAGCAAUCAGAGAGAAACCACUAUAAUUUGGGACAAAUACACUGGAGAACCCCUCUACAAUGCUGUUGUAUGGCUUGAUCUAAGAACCCAGGGUACAGUUGAAACUUUAAGUAAAAGAAUUCCAGGAAAUAAUAACUUUGUCAAGUCCAAGACUGGUCUUCCACUUAGCACUUACUUUAGUGCUGUGAAACUUCACUGGAUCUUAGAAAAUGUGAGAAAAGUUAAAAAAGCUGUUGAAGAAGAAAGAGCUCUUUUUGGAACUGUUGAUUCAUGGCUUAUCUGGAGUUUGACAGGAGGGCCUAAUGGAGGUGUCCAUUGUACAGAUGUAACAAAUGCCAGUAGGACAAUGCUUUUCAACAUUCAUUCUUUAGAAUGGGAUGUAGAACUAUGCGAGUUUUUUGAGGUUCCUAUGACAAUACUUCCAAAUAUCCGGAGUUCUUCUGAGAUCUAUGGUCUAAUGAAAAUCUCUCAUAGCCUGAAAGCUGGGGCCUUGGAAGGUGUGCCAUUAUCAGGGUGCUUGGGAGACCAAUCUGCUGCCUUAGUUGGACAAAUGUGUUUCCAAGAUGGACAGGCCAAAAAUACAUAUGGAACAGGCUGUUUCCUACUAUGUAACACAGGCCAAAAGUGUGUUUUCUCUGACCAUGGCCUUCUUACCACUGUGGCUUAUAAACUGGGCAGAGACAAGCCAGUAUGCUAUGCAUUGGAAGGAUCUGUUGCUAUAGCUGGUGCUGUUAUUCGUUGGCUAAGAGACAACCUUGGUAUUUUAAAAACUUCAGAGGAAAUUGAAAAACUUGCUAAAGAGGCGGGCACUUCUUAUGGCUGCUAUUUUGUUCCAGCAUUCUCGGGGUUAUAUGCACCGUACUGGGAGCCUAGUGCAAGAGGGAUUAUUUGUGGCCUUACUCAGUUCACCAGUAAACAGCAUAUUGCUUUUGCUGCAUUAGAAGCUGUUUGUUUCCAAACAAAAGAGAUUUUGGAUGCCAUGAAUAAAGACUGUGGAAUUCCACUCACCCAUUUGCAAGUAGAUGGAGGAAUGACCAACAAUAAAAUUCUCAUGCAACUUCAAGCAGAUAUUCUUUAUAUACCAGUAGUAAAGCCUUCGAUGCCUGAAACAACAGCACUGGGUGCUGCCAUGGCAGCAGGUGCUGCAGAAGGAGUUGGAGUCUGGAGUCUUGAACCUGAAGAUUUAUCAGCUGUAACAAUGGAACGAUUUGAACCUCAGAUCAAUCCAGAAGAAAGUGAAAUUCGUUAUGCCAUUUGGAAAAAAGCUGUGCAGAAAUCAAUGGGCUGGGCCACAGGACAGACUUCUCCAAAUGCAGGUGACCCUAAUAUCUUCUGUAGUGUGCCAUUGGGCUUUUUUAUAGUGAGUAGCAUGGUAAUGUUAAUCGGAGCAAGGUACAUCUCAGGUAUUCCAUAAAUACCUGAACAUAUUUCAUGGACUCCCUUGGAUGCAGUCUUUUUUAUGUACCAAGAGAAUCUAGCAAUUCUUUCUCUUAUUCUGGUAUACUACCUAAUAGAACUUUAUUUAUAAGCCACAUGCUGCAUGACCCAUGGGUAAUCUUGCGGUUUGACUGAAAGAAAACACAGCAGAAAGAACUAUAGAAAUACAUAGUGUAUUUUUAAAAAACACCAUCUGUUAAGGUUGGGCUGGUCCUUUAAGGAACGGAACAUCCUCAGUCAGCCUUCUUCCCCUCAGGAUCUAGGAACAACUAAGAUUCCAUUUGUGAUGACUUAUCAGCAUUUUCAAUUGUUGAUGAACUAGGAAUUUUAUACUCUGUGUUGCAAGUACUUAAUUAGGAUACUCCUUCAAAAAAAGGAAAAAAGGAGGGUACAUUUUUUUCCUUGGUCCCCAAAGGGCCUCCUUCCUAUGUAAUAAGAAGGCCAAAGGUUGUAUAGUUCAACAAUCCUAAAUUCUAAAAAAAGUGGAAAGUUUAAGAAUAGCAUAAUUUAAAUAUUUUCCUAUAAAUUAUUUCACCCUAACUGGAAUUCUUCAAUUACUUAAACAGUCUCAUCAAUAUAACUAAAACUACUUGUAUUUUUGCCUUGAUUGUGCAGAGGAGGACCUUUUGUUUCCUUUUCUUUCAUCUCUCCUUGUGUGUGUGUGUGUGUGUGUGUGUGAUUAACUUUGAAUGCCCAUAAAUUGUACAUAUAAAGUGUAGCACCUAAAACAUGGGUUCAAGUGUAAGUGGAUAGUGACUAUCUACAUAUAGAAGAGUUAUGUACAUUAAUCUCCAGGAGGUACUUUUUCUUGAAGAGCUAACAAGAUUUAUAAUUAAAGUAUAUAUUCUAUGUCAGCAAAUGAAAAUACACCCUAUUCAGAAUUCAACUAUGUGUCAUACUUUAUUACUUAGGUGUUGUAAUUAGAUAAAUGCUGAACAACUAUUGGUCCAAAUAAAGACUUUUAAACUCAAUUUUAGCUAUAUUGGGAAGUAUUAUUAAUUUUUAAAAACCUGAAGAGAAAAAAUAAUUUGGGGCAUAGAGUCAAAACUUUGAUUACAUCCAAAUGUGUUAUUACCAGCUUCACAGAAUAUAAUUUUUACUUUGGAAGACAGAAUUAUCCCUACUUAAUAUCUUUUAAAGGGUUCAUUAGCCUUUCUUGAAGCUAAUUAAAAUCUUCUUAAAAUUAAUUUAACUGUGUUUUUUCUUUAAUAACAAUGAGAAAAUAUAGACAGUGCAUUUCCAUACAAAACAUUUAACUUAAUUAUUUUUAUAAUCAAGUACAAUGUCUAAAUAUGUGAUUUUAAAUAAUGUUGACUAUAAAAAGCAUUUUUCCUUCACUGAAUAUGUAUAUAGAUUUUUGCAUGUUUGGGGAGAAGGAAGUAAACUUUAGACAAACCUAUGUACCUUUUUGUGCAAUUUUUUUUCCUUGUAAAUAUUAUCUAAAAUAUUGUGAUAAUCUAACAAGCAAGACUUCUUUUUUAUGUUUGUAUUGAGAUUUAUUUGCAAAAUAGCAUAAAAAAGAAGCCAACCAAUAAAAUGUGAAUUUUUCACAAUAUUUUCUGUAUCUGAAUAUGUUUCCCAUUGUAAUUAGGUGAUCCUGAACAAUUACAACCCAUGUGAAAAAUUUUCUCAAGUUAGUUUACUUGUUACUAAAUAGUACCUCUCAAUAAUUUCAUCAAUUGAAACAGAAAACAAAGGUUUUGAAAAUUGAAUGUAAAAAUAAUUUCAUUAUCCUACCUUUUAAAAAUUGCUGGUACUCAUUUGUAAUUCUGAUCAUGCUAUUUUUCCCAUCUUUUUAACUUGUAAUAAUUCUAGUUGAUGAGAUAAUAUAAUUUAUGCUAUUAUAAUAAGUUAUUGAAAUUAGCAUUUUGGGGAAAUGGGAAGAGGGAAAGAUACUUUAACACAGUUACAUUUCUGCCAAGGUAGGUUGAAUUAAUUGUAAAUAAUAAUGGAAAACACUGUUCAAAUUAUUUUUAGCACCUUGUGAAUUUUUCUAUGAAUUACAUGAUUUAUCAUUUCUAUUUGAGAUUGUACACAAUGACAUCAAAAUAUGAUUAAUAAAUUUACUUUUAAAAA